AUGAGUUGCAUGCAGGCAACAGUCCGACUCGGUGUCGAGCUCAUUGAUCGAUCGACUCGAUACGCACCACUACACGCGCGCGGCCCAUACGCACAGCACACGCGCAGAGGAAACCGGAUGGCGCACACAUGCGCGCGCGCAGCCGUGUGCGCUCGUCAGCGAAGGAUUUCCUACCGCCCCGCGCGCUGCCCCCUCGUCAGACCUGUUGCAGCGCUACCGGAGUUACGCCGCAUAGUUACCAGACUUGAUAUGCCGCUCCCCGCCCCGCGCGCCGCCCCCGCCGUGGCCCACGCACACCGCUACGCCUCUACUUCCAACACUUCAAUAUUAUCAUCAUGGCGCUCGAAAUUGCCGAUGUUGUCUGCUCUCAUCGAAAUAUUUUAUUAA